GACAGCAGGAUUGCCGCACCUUCGUCCUUGUGCUCUUCAAACACCUCUUGCGCCUCCAUCACGAAGAACUCAACGGAUGCUCUCCCCUUGACCAGAGGAAUUGUCGAGUCAUUAAAUUGCCUCAAGCUCAUGUCUCCAUCUUGCGUUCGACCGACCCAUACUGUCUGAUUAAGGAGGUGGCCCUUCAACCGCCCCAUCGAGGCUCAACCGCCAGUUGCGACAACCGGGUCAGCAGCCUGCAUCUGUGCGUCGCAUUGAUUUAUCUCCGCAUUCGACCGACUCCGUCCCAACGAUGGCCGCCUUAGGCCUCAUGGUUCCCUCCGUUAUGCCCUUGUCCUCGCAAAAGAUGACUACGUUUGAAAUUUCGGCUGACGCCUGAAUUCCCAGUCGCUCCCUUUUCGAGCUGUUAAGUGAGCUCCUGCUAGUCGCAAUGCGCCGCCGUGUAACGGUGCAAGGACAGUGGACAAGAGACUUUGGGCUGGUUUCGUAUUUAUUGGGAGCCUUGUUCGCUGUCGCCUGACUUUCAGAACACUCUCCCACAGCGAAGAGAACACCUCCGUCCUGGACUGAUCACUGCGUCUCUAUCGAGAAUUCCAUCUGUGCGCCCACAAGUUUCACAGCUUCCUCGCGCUGCUCGACACCUCGUCAUUUCUGGACAGCAACAAUGGUCCACUUGAUCUUGACAGGGGCCACAGGUCUAGUCGGGUCGUCCGUUCUCUCACACAUCCUCUCCUUGCCAUCAACCAGUACGCCGACCAUCCACAAGCUGUCAAUCAUCAGUCGCUCUAGCUCUAUCCCCUGGCUGUCCGCGACGCCGCCACCGGGGACGCCGACCGUGAACAAGCACACCAAGAUCGAGGUCAUCGAGCACAAAGACUUCACCUCGUACCCGCCGGAGCUGUUGGAGAAGCUCAAGGGCGCCGACGCUUGUAUCUGGGCCCUGGGCGUGAGCCAGAACGACGUCUCCAAGGAGCAGUAUGUGAAAAUCACCAAGGACUACACGCUGGCGGCCGCCAAGGCGUUCGCCUCGCUACGGGAGCCCGCGUCGCCAACGACGUCUUCUUCUGCUGAGAGCAAGCCCGCCGACGCGAACAAGUUCAAAUUCAUCUACGUCUCGGGCGAGGGCGCCACCCUGCACCCGCGCCUCUGGACACCCAUUUUCGGCCGCGUCAAGGGCGAAACGGAGCAUUCGCUCCUCCAGCUCUCCAAGACGCCGCUCUACUCCAACCUCCUCUCGGUCUACUCGGUGCGCCCCGCCGCCGUGGACGGCUACAACCAGCCCUGGCUGUGGGAUCAUAUCCUCCGGGAGAAGCGCACCGCGUUCCAGCGCUUCUACCUCAAGACGCUGAUGGCGCCGAUUCGGUGGGGGCUCGUCGGGGAGGCGAUGCACAGCCCGACGGAGGAGUUGGGGCGAGUUCUCGUGGAGAUGGCCGUGGGGGAGCAGCGAGGACCGUUUGAGGUCGGCGACGGCGUAGACGAAGAAGGGGAAGGGCGCACGCUAGGGAACAAGAGGUUGAGGAUGUUGGGCAGGGGCCAGGGAUGGUGGAAAUGAAAAGAAUCAAAAAAGAGGGAGGGCAGAUGGGAAACAGAGCUUAUUCGAUGUCAAUAUAUCAUAGCGGAAUUAAUUGUAUUUAACAGGUGGUAUAAGAUGCGUUUCUCGUAUAUACAGGAAUCCACAGCUCAUUUACCUUGUCG